CGGGACUCUGGACCAAUCCUAUAUCCCCGUGGCAUUUAUCCAAGUCUCAAGAGAUCUACCUGCCCUUGAUCGACCAACCCUCGAUCCCACCAGGGUACCCUCUGAGAAAUCUCUUGUCUUCAUAUUACUGUAUAAUUAUUAGAUAAAUAAGAAUCUUUCAAUCUGCACUUUCCAUCCACAUCAGCCUCCGAGUCGGGAGAUUCAUUAACUUCACUUUAAUUUUCGACAUCGUUCCCUAUCCACAAUGGGUAGCUUUGAGGAUUGUCGGCAGCAGAGAAGGCCGAAGCCAUGGGUUGAGACUCCGCUGAUUGAGUCGCCUUCCAUGUCGCGGAUGGCGGGCUGUCGCAUCUUUCUCAAACUUGAAAAUCUCCAACCCAGCGGUUCGUUCAAGUCAAGAGCCAUCGGCAAUCUUGUCCUGUCCUACGCUUCAGACCCAGCAAACCAAGGAAAGCAGCUUCAUUUCUUUAUUUCAUCCGCCGGUAAUGCAGGCCUCGCGGCUGCUACGGCGGCCAGUGCACUCUCGUACCCAUGCACGGUCUGUGUGCCAACCAGCACGAAACCCGUCAUGGUCAACAAAUUACAGGAAGCCGGCGCCACAGUCGCGCAACAUGGUGCAAAUCUCGAUGAAGCAUCGAUCGAGAUGAGAGCCAUCAUGGACUCACUUCGGAGAAAGCCAGCAGAGAACGGCGAUGCUAAGCCGGUCGUCCCGAUCGCAUUACAUCCGUUUGACCACGAGAAGAUCUGGGAGGGUGUUAGUACAAUGGUCGAUGAACUCGCGUACCAGAUGCCUCCGCGCGAGCACGAGAUGGGAAUUGGAGAAUUUGAAGACGAAGUCCUCCCCAUCGAUGGGAUCAUCUGCAGCGUCGGCGGUGGCGGACUCAUGAACGGCAUCAUCCAGGGCAUCGAGCGCCAAGAACAAAUGUACGGCAAAGCCAGGGCCGGCUCCACAUACAGCAACUCCGCCGAGACAGGAAAGGAUAUCCACAUCAUCGCAACGGAGACACAUGGUGCCGAUGCCCUGGCCCAGGCAGUCGCCAAACGUUCACUGGUCUCGCUGCCGGGCAUAACAUCGCUUGCUACGUCCCUAGGGGCCAUCCGCGUUGCUCAACGAACUCUAGAUAAUGCCCUGUACCCGCCGGCCGGGGUCAAGGUGCACACGUUGGUUCUACAAGACGCAGAUGCUGCAAAGGGUGUAUUGCGAUUGGCCGAGGAGCAGAAACUGCUGGUUGAACUGGCCUGCGGCUUAUGCGUUGAAGCAGCGCUUGGCCCAACACCGUGGACCCGCAAGAGCCCAGAGAAGCGCGUGAAUGGUGCCCAUAAGGCCGUCAAUAAUAACCUGAACGAUUACGGCACCGAAGCAACGGACGUUCAAUCGUAUCUUAGCCGAUUGAUCCCCAACUUUGGCCCCGAUACUCGUGUCGUCAUUGUCGUAUGUGGAGGAAGCAAUGUCUCAUUGCAGAUGGCAGGGGAAUGGCGACAGAAACUCGAUGAGGGAUGGGGGGCUGAAAAUGGCAUUCUUGCAUGAUAGAGCUUUACCCAGGUGGCCGCUGUAUGAUUUAAUGCACUACUGUCCAAUGUGGCUAUGUUUACUACCUGUUUUGAUAUUCUGGCGAUGGGAUGUAAGGCGUUUUCGAGGGUGGGAAGAAUUCUAACUUAACGAUACGUUGAUUUUUGGCAUUGUACCCAACGGGCGUCAUAGAUUAGACAGUGCUUGCGGAUCAAAAGAUUGCUCGUCGAAAAACGAGAAAAAGAGAAAAAAGAAAAAAAAAGGGUCAAAAGAACAAUCCACAUCAGUGAUUCUUGAUCAUGUGAAUCCGAUAAUCCCAAUAAUUUUUCCGAAUAGGAUCAUACUUCUCCUUCAAUAAAGUCAACAUCUUAACCGCCUCGAUCUUGCACUUCGCAGUCUCUGUCCUGCAUCCCUCUUUGGCUUCUUCAGCGAAAGUGUCUGCUAACCAUUCCAUGGCUAGGCUGCUUUUAACCUGAUAGUCGAUAGUGUCACCGUCUUGAACCUCCUCGACGACGAACCUGGACGCGAACGUCUUCAGUUCCGCCAUCGGUCGGCC